CUCUUCUCGCCGCGAAGUAGACAAAAAAUUUCUGCAUGUCGGUCGCGUUUCAUGCUGUUGAAAAUUUCCGCUGUGUGGUAUCCAAUCGGUAUAUUAUUUGUCGAUUAGCGAUUCAAAAAUGUGCGUUCAGAUGAAUUAGAAAGCAAAGCAAACUUUACGCGAGAAAUAUUCUAAUUAAAAUUAAAUUGUGCCGAUCUGUUGCGGAAGAAAAGAGUGCGCGAACCAGAAGUGCCAAGAAAAAGAAGAAAUCCAAGGUUUGAUUCUGCAAAGUCGAACUAAUUUUCUGUUUAUCUUAUCAGUAUUUUCCUUCACUUUAAACCAGUUUUGGUAAAAUUGAAUAUCAAUAAUGGAGUGUAACCCAGCGGAUAAAUCACCAAAGAAUGCAUUACCAGCAUCAACCGACAAACAAGAUUUCGAUUCAGUGCCAGCAAUUUCCAAGGAUAUUAAAAGUGUAGAAGUUGCUAAUGACAACGAAGUUGACGAGUCUACGAAAAACGACGUCAAAUCCGAAAACGAAACAACUUCAGCACCUGCCGAAAUAUCGAAAGAAGACGGGCCCGAUGAACAGAAGGAUGAACGAAAAUCUGUUUCGGCUAGUGAAGCAAUAAGCACCGUUUGUCCUCGCCAGACUACUCAUAAUGACGAUAUUGUGGAAGAAGACAAAUUUGAGGAUGCUUCUGACUUGGAAGUAGAGAAAGAGGUUGUCAAAAUCCCACUUACUGAAGAAAACUGCAUUGAUCAAAAUUCGCAAUCAACCGGUAGCAACACCUCGUUAAAAGCAAAAUCAUCAGAAGAAAUGGCUACGUUGCAAUAUAACGAUUCUGAGGCCUAUGAGAUUGAUAGCUCACCUGAGAAGCCGCCCAAUAAUUCAGUUGUGCAAGAAUCCAAGCCAAUACCAGGACCGUCCUCUUCUAAGCAAUCAAUCAAAAGUGUUGAGAUCGAAACGGUCGAGUUGGAUGAUGAUGAUGAUGAUGAUGAUGACGAAGAUGGCGAUGGCCCCUUGCAACAGAACCGAAGAGAUUCCUAUGACGAUGAAGAAGAAGACUACGAUGAAGAUGACUAUUACGAUGAUCCGGACAGUGACGAUCAGGAUGUCAAUCGGGUUAUUCAGGAAGCUUGUGAUGAGAUCGAUGCAAUUAACGAUGUGGAGUCAUGUGACGAUGAUAAGAUGGAUGUCAGCUCCGAUGAAGAAGACUACAGUGAAAAUGAUGAGGACGAGCGGUCGAGCAAGAUGUUCAAAGCGAAACAUAAGCCAAAGUUGGAAAAUAGUAGGAGUGUGAAACGAAACGGGAGCGACUAUUCAGAAGACGAUGAAAUGUAUGGCGAAGAAGAGGACUAUGACUACGACGAUGAUGUGGAAGAAGUGGUUGAGUUAGAUAAGGAGUCAGUGCAAAGAAAGAUUCCCCAAGCUCAUGUAUCGAUGGGACGAAUCAGUGUUGAAGAUGAAAGUGAAGAAGAUGUGCAAGAGAAAAAAAAAGUACAAAAAGUUAAACACAAAACCUACAGGCAGAAAUUGGUUUCAAAACUUCGCAAAAGAACUUUUAAACUAUUAAACAAACGCAGUAUGCACGUUAUGGAAGAAGGUGGCGAUGUGCUGGCUUGCUCGGAUGCCAAAAUAGUUAGUCUCAAGUCCACCAUCAAUAAUACCGCAAAACCAACAAUAAAGGAGGCUUCCGAAAUUCAGACCGAUAAUGAUAUCAUUUCAGACUCGAUUCUUAAGCCGAAAAGUACCGAAGAGAUAUCUACCGAUUCAAAGCUAGUUGCUGAGAAUUGUAGCAAUGAAGAGAACAAGGAGAACAUAACUGUCAAGGAUAAUUCGAAAUGUUCUGAAAACGAAAUGGUGGUGGACGACAAGGCGAAACCACACGAUGACGAACAGAGUGGAAACCGUGAACAAAAAUCAAUAAAAUCAGAAGAAGAAGACGUCAUGAACGACAUCGAUGAUAUCAUUGAAGAUGUCAAAUAUCAAAAUGGUUCGAAAGCUGAUUUUAAUGAGGAACUCACAUUCCAGAUGGAUGUUGAUGGAAGCCAACCGGAUGAUGAAAAUCCAUAUGAUGAAGAAAAUGAGGAAGAUGAUGACGAAGAAGGUGCGGUGGAUUUAUCCUCAUCGUACGAUGCCAAUAAGAGUGACCGAGAGGAUUGUGGUAAACAGAGUCAAACGGAUGAGUCGGAUGCGGUUGAGCUGAUUGAUAGUUCACCCGAAAAACUAACGCAAGUGGUGACUGCAAAGAAACCUGCCAAGAAACCGAAUGCAUUAACGUUAGAAAGUGAUCUCAACAAUAGUUCUAAAAUUAGAAGCGAUAAAUCAUUGAAAGUGGACGAGGUUGACAAAUAUCACACAGAAAAGCAAGAUGAAUCAACUGAUAAAUUACCGAGUGCAAGUAAGUCUAGUCGCAUGAAUGAAGCAGUUUCUGCAGAGAGAUCGGAUGAUACUGAGUUCAGUUCACGGAAACGAAGACGCUCGAUUGAAAAAGAAGAUUUCGAAGAAGAGCGAUCAGUACCAUCAAAGAAACUGAAACGAGAGCUAGAAUGUAACUUUCGAUCUCACGAUCGUCUACUUAAAGAGUAUAUCGAAACAACCUCCAAUAGCUCGGUAGAUGAUGUACAGAAACACACUGAUGCGCUAGUGGUCGAAAUUCGGACCCUAAACGAAAUGAUACGUGCCAAAGAAGAUGAAUGGAACAAUAUGAUCCAUUUGAAAAAAGUGAAGGAAGAAAUUUUACUGCGAUUGACCAGAAAAAAACAUGUUAUGGACAUCACCGAUACCAAACUGGGAGAAGUUUCCGAAUACAGUCACUUUGAUUCGUCGAAUCUGACCAAUGUGCGAUCUGCUUCAGUAGGACCUCGACCUCCUACCCCUCCACCGGAGGUAGAUGUUCGCCCAGCGUCGGUAGCACCUAUGCACAGCAGCACUCUUAACUCAAGUAAAAAUGCCAAUAUCUCGAAUCACUCGAUUUCCAGUAGUCGCAAAGAGAACAGUCUUCUUACUCAGUUCAAUCACAGCAACAGUUCCGUAACCAUGGUGCCAUUAUCAACUGCUUCGUCGUUGAUCACGUCCACGAAUACGAUUCUACAAUCCCGUGCAAAUAUGAAAUCCGCCGAGGUUGCGAAAGAAAAAUCCAAUGCCGUUCAAAUUCAACGACAAAUUCUUCCAAAGCCCAUACUCUCUAACCACCAACAGAUACUGAAUAAUUUAGCGAUGUCCGCUGGUUUGACAGCAGCUGCGAUUACUAGUACCGGAACCACGUCGAUAUCAAAUUCUUCCUCGACGGCAACGGUCUCCAAUGUAGCUGCCAUCAACAAUAUUCUUGCAGGCCUGUCUGCCCAAGCAGCUGCCCUACUGAACGGUCACCAUAGUUCUUCGGGUAUCAAUAAUCACCAACAGGGUAACCAGCUGCAAGUAGGAAGACAAGGGGUCAUCAAAGAUGUCAAAAGUAUUAUUGCUGACUACAGGCAAAAACAUCCAGAGCAGGUACCUAGAAGAGGUCGGCGGUUGAAAAAUAUUCCAAACAGCGGAUAUGAUAAGAGUGGAGCGGCUUCAGCGGCCUCCCGCAUGACGGAGUUGAGUUUUCUUCUGGCGGCAGCAGAGAACUCCCGUCCCUCUAGCAACGAUUCGUCCCAGAGCAAUUCCAACAAUUUACCCACCAGUGGUGCCACAACCCCAACAGGGCUUUCCUUCAAGGAUGUCCUGGUGCAAUUCGCCAAAAUGAGCCAAUCCGACGGCAAUCUGCUGUCCAAUUUGAGCAAUCUUACCAGCUCAGCUACUGCAGCCACAACUGCUUCCGUAUCAGCUACAACCAAUUCUUCAUCUUCUUCUCAACAGCAACAGUCGCAGCAAAACGCUGCCGCCAAUCUGAGUAAGGGAGCUUAUCCAGAGGUAACACUGCAUCCGGUGUUGAAUUCAAAUUCCAACUCAGGAAGUAAUGCCGUUGAUAUGAAUCAGUCUGCCGGAAGUAACACCAGCGUCAACCAAUCUCAAAACAAUAACAACAAUUCAACCAACUCUCUACUGCACGGUAUUCUAACUAAAACUUCGUCCCGGCCUAAUGCAGCGGGAUUCACAUCGUUCUCACCAACUCUGGCCCGGUUGCUUACUGCACCGGAACGAAUGAAUUCGCAGGCAUCCACUGUUACCUCUGGGGCGUUAGCCAACCUGCAGGCAAGCACCGGACUCAAUCUAUCCAAAUCGAACAGUGAAAUCACGAUCACACCGGUAGGGGCCUCCAACCUGCAGCAAUCUUUGCUAGCACACCAACAACAGCUGCAGGAGCAGCAGAAACAGCUCCAGCGGCUGCGGGAGCAGCAUUUCCUAAAUAUGGAUGAUGAAGCCGAUGACAGUGUGGAUCGGCUAGUAAUCGACGAGGGCGAUGAUCAUCAUGGCACUUCCAGUGGAAAUCAUCACCGGGAGCGAAAUAUUCUUACAACCCGCUCGGGAAAUAGACCCGAAUUCCACGAAAAUGACGUUCCGGAGUGUCAGGGCUGCAAGAAACGAGAAGCCCAAUUUGUUUGUGCUGGUUGUGGUAAUCAGUGGUACUGCAGCCGCGACUGUCAAGUGAACGCAUGGGACGACCACUCCGAAGUUUGCACUGGGUAAAUUCUUGAACCCGAUAACAUAAUAUACUUUAACGAAUACUACUAUCGCAGUGGAAAAGGUAUUGUUAAUUUUUAUCGCAAAUGACUAUUCAAACAUAGGAUAUUAUUACACUGACGUAUCGGUUUAGCAUAAAAAAUUGCCACCAAACUGCAGCGUAGUCUAUCAGUAUGGGAUUUCUUACCAACCAAGCAACAAUAUAUUAAAAUAAGUUUUUGAAUACCUUUAUGUAACAAUACAUGCAUAAAUUGGGUGCAAAAAGCCAAUAUAAUUUUGAAUUUGAGCAACCUUCUAUCGUGGAAGGAAGACAGGGAACGGUUUCCCUCAAACAUCCUAUUUUUAUUGAAAUCACGAUUAUGCGCAAUUAAAAUCAAUCACGAUUAGCAUUAGGUUAUAGAUGCAUUUUUUCACUUUAGAAGAGAAACUCUUCGAAGUUGCACAGUCUAAAUUAUUUCAUCCCAAUUAGAGAGAUAUAAUCAGUGAAAUAUGUUCACAUUCUUCAAAAUUAGAUAUUUUCACACAGUCACCUUCAAUAAUACUACUGCGUUUCAUUUCAAUAUUCAGAAAUCUAUGAUUAUCUUAAUCGAAUAGAAUGAGAGAGUUCAGAAGCAAAAGUUAUGGUUUAUAUUCAAGUUAAUCAAAACAAAAAGUAUGUGCUUACCGUGCAAGUGGACAGCGAUAACUACAUUUAUUUGAAUAAUACAUUUAAUUAUAUUGCAAUCAUAUAUUUAGCAACACAACUAUGAUACAAGUGCGAAAAGCUAAUACAUAAAACACAAAUGUAGGGUUGAAAGCUAUACAUACUAAGGUAUUAUUAGUAGGAUGUAUGAAACUGAACGGAAUACAUGAAGCAUUACUGCAGAAGUACAGCAAAGAAAUUUUCGAAAGCUUGUACCAGUGGUGAUUAUAGAUUAAAUGCGUGGCUCACUAGUGAGCUAAACUGCUAGCAGGUCGAUUGUAGGCAUACGUGAUCUGUAAGAUCACGUAACAACGUUAUUAAAAUGACAAAACACAAAAAUUAUA